AUGAGUAUUCGGAUAAAUGCGACGGUCCAAGAGGCCCGAACAGCUGCAAACCACAGCCAGGAACAAUGGGACCGAUUCUACUUCAUAACCAAAGACGAGGCCAGGCAGCUUGCAGAGGCGCACCCUGACUGGAAAAGAUGGAUCCUCAUCCCCGCGAACGAGAAAGAACAAAUGCUGGAGAGGAUCAACGCCCGCCUGAGUGCUGAAGGUAUCCCACCUGUCGAGAUGAUCAUCCUGAAGUGGCGAGUGUCGCAGUUACUCCGAGACAUCCAGCGGAAAUAUGAAGCCGGCAGCAUGCUACAAGGGAUGCCAGGCACGAGCUCAGGGUCAGGAUCGGGGUCACCAAUACAAGUCCAGACAGCCCAAUCGCCUCCAGACAGCAGCGUUCAGUCAUCGAGCCCACAACGAACGGAGUAUUCACCAAGCGAAACUCGCCCAUACGAUCCAAUACGGGAUGUGUAA